AUGUUUGCCGAGUCGGCUUUGGUCCAUUCGGGCCUCCUCAGCGGCAUGAGAGUUGUGUAUUAUACGCCCUGGGUAUUCAAGUUCCCUCCGGAGCUCUGGCGAGUCCUAUCAGCCUUCCUCCUGACGGGUGGCGGCUUCUCUUUUGUUUUCGACCUGUACUUUAUGUUCACAUAUGCCUCUGGGUUGGAGCUCAACUCGCCGCGGUUCACUCAACCUGGCGACUUCUUCACUUAUGUGGUUUUCGUGGCCACUUCUAUUUUGGUGUCUGGUGGUCUUUUCCUGGGAGCCAACGUCUUCACCCAGUCCCUCAUGCUUGCAUUCAUCUAUACCUACGCCCAAGACAACCGGGGCAAGAAAGCUCACUUUGUCAUCCUUCAAAUCCCUGUCGAGUUUCUCCCCUGGGCGAUGCUUACACUCACACUAAUUAUGGGAGGUCCGCACGCAGCCUUGCAACAAGCAACAGGCGUCUUUGCAUCUCACCUCUACGACUUCUUAACAAGACUGUACCCUACUUUUCAAGGUGGACGGAAUUAUAUCCAAACUCCCGCUGCCAUCAAGAGGUACUUUGGCGCCAAUACAAGCACCUACACCCACAGAGGAUACGGGACAAGCUUUAGACCGGCCCAGAAUAUCCCUCAACAGCAAAGUCGAAGCUGGACAAGCGGCUUCUCGAGUUCUUGGAGUGGUCGAGGUGCGGGUAGGCGCCUAGGAGGUGACUAA